CCUGCUUGCGGGCUAGCAGGGUGGUUGCCAGAGCCUGCAGCGGGCGGGGCCAGGCGGAGCGGGGCGCGGACGCCUGUACCUGCUGGGCACCAGCGGCCACAUUCGUGACCGGACCUGACAAGUGGACACCUCUGAGGCUCGGAAAAGGUGUCCUAAAAUACUGAUGGCAAACUUCAAGGGCCACGCUCUCCCAGGGAGUUUCUUUCUGAUAUUUGGGCUAUGGUGGUCAGUGAAGUACCCACUGAAGUACUUUCAUCAAAAGGGAUUGAAGAAGAACAGACUGAGCCAGCAGCAACAGCGCAUUGAGAUCAUCGAAGGUGCAGUCAAGACUGCGUUUGCAAUCAUUGGGAUCCUGGCCGAGCAGUUUGUUCCAGAUGGGCCUCACCUCCACCUCUACCAUGAGAAUCAAUGGACAAAGCUCAUGAAUUGGCAGCACAGCACCAUGUACCUGUUCUUUGGUGUCUCAGGAAUCAUUGACAUGCUCACCUACCUUUACUUCAACACUGUGCCCCUGGGGGUGGACAGGCUGGUUUUGGCUAUGGCAGUAUUCAGUGAAGGUUUUCUCUUCUAUUUCCACGUCCACAACCGACCUCCACUGGACCAGCACAUCCAUUCGCUUCUGCUGUUUGGUUUGUUUGGAGGGAGUAUCAGUAUCUCUUUAGAGGUGAUCUUUCGGGAUAAUAUUGUGCUGGAGCUUUUCCGAACCAGUCUCCUCAUUCUUCAAGGAACCUGGUUCUGGCAGAUUGGAUUUGUCCUGUUCCCCCCAUUUGGAACACCAGAAUGGGACCAGAAAGACAUGGACAAUAUCAUGUUUAUCACCAUGUGCUUCUGCUGGCACUAUUUGGUUGCCCUUUGCAUCACGGCCAUCAACUUCUCUCUUGUUUACUGCUUUCUGACUAGGGUGAAGAGACAUGCAGAAGGAGAAAUCAUUGGGAUUCAGAAGCUGACAUCAUCAGAUCACACUUACCAGUCAGCCCUUUUGAGUGGCUCAGAUGAGGAGUGACAUCAGGCCUUGGGGAAGUGGAGAGAGACCUCAUCCUUUGUCAACAAUAGCUGGAACAAAAGCAGCUUGUCCCCUCUAUUUAAGGUUCGCCCUACUGUGCUCUUAGGGCUCCAUAUUUGCAUUCCUCAUCUAACACAGAGUUAGAGACUCAAAUACAGGAAAUUGGACCUCAGGUGUUUAUGUACCAUGCUACUUGGAUUUUUACACAUAAUUUAACUUAUAAAGUCCAUAUUAGAGUAAUACUAUUAUAGACCUUUCAGUAGCAAGCCUGUUCUUGUAGAGGAACUGCUCUAGGACUCUGAACACCUACAACAGGAAGUGACCGUGUGGAUGAAAUAACCCAUCAAUCUAACAAGCCAGCACAUGCUGCUUCUGAUAACUUGCCCCUCUUCUCUCAAUCACGCAGGUACUUUCUUCUCAAAAAUAUAUUGAGACUUAAGUGAUCGACAAUGCAUUGCCUUCAGUUCAGAGCCAAAAUUCUAACACGUUUGUUAAAUAAUAAAGAAACUCGCAAGCUUUGGUAUUUUAAGUGCUGACUUUUGAAACAUUCUCUAGUAAGUCAUCCCAGAGCACUACCUUUUGGCCUUGAUCGGAGACUAAAUUAGGUGAAAGAUGAUUUUCUUCAAUCAAAAGGAGCUAGUUGACAACUCAGCUGAGAACUCAAAGUCCUGAUUCCUCAACAUUAUCCUAUUGACGAACAUUAUAUAGCAAGUCUGUAGCUCCUAGAUACAGAGGGGAAAAUCAGAUUAUGAAAAGGCCUCCAAUUUUAAAACAGCUAAAACCAAAGGGUAAGAAUUUUGAAUUUUUUUAUAUAGACUUGAUUCUGUACCAUUGAUUCUGGACAUGUUGUUUUGUAGAAUUUUAACUUUCCUCACCAGGUAUUUAUUAAACAGCCACUUCCCUAGCAUUGAAACAUUUGCAAGAAUUAAUGAGAUAUCCAUCAAGGAAUUGACAGUAAGAGAGAACUCCUGAGGCUAUCAUUAGGCAGUGUGAUGUGUAGCGAGAUUAAAUAAAAACUCAGAGACAGAUACUGGUUCAACCUAAAGGUCAGAAAAGUGAAACAGCCAGUCACUGGCUCUUACCUCUACCUCGGUCUGAAAUGGCGAUCCUGC